AUGUCAAGAGAUAGUAUUGCUCGCGCUAGUAUAGAUUCAGCCCCAUUGAACACAUCUAAUGAUCGGUUAAGAGGUUAUGAGGACUGGCCGGCAUUUCGUGAUAUGUUCACGGCAGUCUACAUUAACCACCCAAGGCUAACUCUCGCGGAAAAACUUUAUCAUCUUAGAAAUAAAACGACUGGUUCAGCUGGAGCAAUACUAAAAAGAUUCCCUUUAACCGACAAUAAUUUUCCUCUAGCUUGGCAAGCUCUUAAGUUGCGAUAUGAAAAUGUUAGAGUUUUAGUCGAUAAUGAGUCCCUACAAAGAAUUCAUAGCUCAGUAACUGACUGUUUAUCUAUGCUUGAUACAAUGGGUAUAUCAGUGAAAGGCUGGGAUCCCAUUUUAGUCAAUUUAGUAUAUUCUAAAUUACCCAACGAAACAUUGGCUCAAUGGGAACAAUCAUUAAACGCCAGUAGAGAGUUACCAACAUGGUCUCAAUUAAGUGAUUUUCUACUUGAACGAUGUGAAGUCGUAGAAAGAAUUUCCACUAUCAAAGUGAACAAAUCUGCUUUCCUUAAUCAAAAUGAAACCCAUUCACAAGUUCAAAUGUACUCAUCCCAAGAAAAACUUAAUUACAAAUGCAAAAUGUGCGAUGAAGAUCACAGUUUGAGAACUUGUUCGCAAUUUCGUAAGCUUUCAAUUCAAGAAAGAGUUGAUUUCAUUUUCAAGAAUAAGUUUUGUAACAAUUGUUUGUCACAAUCUCACACGAAAAAGAAUUGUAUAAGCAAAAAUUCUUGUUUAAAUUGUGGUAAAAAACACCACACAUUACUUCACAUGCGUUCUUUUAAUCCUCCUCGAAAUAGCUCAAAUCAAACAUGUCCAAACAAAAACGAUCAAAACAUAAAAUCUGAUCCAAAAACGACAAAUUCUAGAUCCGUUGAGUCAAAUGAAUCUGAAAGGGGUCCAACAACCUCAAAUGCUCACAAAACUUCCCAAGUUAAUGCGAAUUAUGCCAUGAGUGAUACUAAAGUCUUAAGAUCAUACUGCGAAAUAAUAGGAGUUGGCGGUCAAACUCAAGUUUCAGAAAAAGAAUGUGAUUUAGUUUUGGUCUCGCACAAAUCCAAUUUUCGUUUACCCGUAACUGCUAUCGUUUUACCUAAAGUCACGAAUAAGAUUCCCUCGGUUUCCUUUGAACUCCCUAACCCAAUUGAGCUUUCUGGUAUUGACUUAGCUGAUCCAAAUUUUAAUAUAUCUUCCUCGAUCGAUUUAAUCCUCGGAAAUGACAUAAAUCUUGAUGGCAUUAAACGAGAUGUAUGUGGCUCUGCUUCUGCAUAUAGAACGGUUUUCGGAUGGGUACUUAGUGGCCCCGUGAAGACUCAGCCAAUAUACUCGUUUUCAACAUGCGUUGGUUCCACUGAAGACUUUACCUUGGAUGAAAUAGUUCGGAAGUUUUGGGAGCAGGAAGAAAUUCCAUCAACCCGGCCAGCUUCUUCAGAGGAUGAAUAUUGUGAAAAAUUUUAUCAACAAACCACAACACGCUUACCAAAUGGACGAUAUAUGGUCAGAUUGCCAUUUCGACAGGAGUUCCCGGAAUCAAGGUUUCUUGGCCCAUCAAGAUUUAUCGCUCUUAGUCAAUAUGUUCGGAUGGAACAGAUGUUGGAAAAAGAUCCCGCGUUAAGCACUCAAUAUAACGACGUGCUCACUGAGUAUAUAACCCUCGAUCAUAUGGAAGAAACAACUUCUCGUGAGUACUUUUCGGUAAAUAAAUGUAACUCCUUUUAUCUCCCUCAUCAUGCAGUCGUAAGACCAGAAAGUAAAUCUACGAAGGUUAGGGUUGUUUUCAAUGCUUCCCGCAAAACUAAGUCAGGGUUUUCAUUAAACGACGUUCUUUAUACUGGCCCCACACUUCAAGCUGAUCUGAUGACAGUGAUAUUAAAUUGGCGUUUUUACAAAUUUGUUUUCAGCGGUGACAUACAAAAAAUGUAUCAUCAGAUAUUAGUCAAUCCCCAAGACAGGCCGUUUCAGAGAAUACUCUUCCAAAAAUCCCCCCGGGAGGCCAUCAAAGAUUACCAGUUAAAGACUGUUACAUUUGGUAUAAAUUGUGCACCAUUUUUAGCCAUUAGGACAUUAAUUCAGUUAGCGUCUGAUUCCGAAGAUAAGUUUCCCAAAGCAGCUGAUAUAUUACGUAGAGAAACCUAUGUAGACGAUAUUCUAACUGGUGGUCAUUCUCUCGAAGAGAUUAUAAAAUCCCAGAAAAAUGCUACAAAAACUCUCGGUAUUCGCUGGAACGCAUUGACUGAUUCGUUCACAUAUACUUUUGAAUCUAUUCCUCAAGAAACAAAAAUAACCAAACGCAAAAUCGUAUCUUCAGUAGCCAAAUUGUUCGAUCCAGCUGGCUGGAUAUCACCCGUAGUCAUUAAAGGCAAAAUUCUUAUUCAGCAAUUAUGGCUUGAACGAAUCGAUUGGGAUGAUUUUGUCAGUACAGAUUCUCUCCGAAUCUGGAAUGAAAUCGUAAGCGAUCUCUCGCAUAUAAAUGAAAUCCAAAUCCCUCGUUGGAUUCAGUUCACUCCCGUUGAUACUAUUCAAAUUCACGGAUUCUGUGAUGCCUCCAAAUUUGCGUAUUGUGGAGCAGUAUAUAUUCGAAUACAAACAUCUUCUCCUGUCGUCUUUUCGCAUUUGCUAGUUUCCAUAAGUAAGGUUGCUCCAUUAGCAUCUACAACUUUACCUCGGUUAGAACUUUCGGGCGCAGUCAUGCUAGCAAAAUUAGUACAAUAUACGAUAUCUUCCCUUAAUAUGGAAAAUCACAAAAUCAUUUUAUGGUGUGACUCAUCGAUUGUUUUAGGAUGGCUAGCUAAGCCACCUUCGACCUGGAAAGAAUUCUAUGUUUCUAAUCGUGUAAGCCUAAUCCAAAAACUACUGCCAAAUGCAAAAUGGCGCCAUGUUCCAACUCAUUUCAAUCCCGCUGAUCUAGGUUCCAGAGGAUGCAGACCACAGGACUUAAUCAACAACCAACUUUGGUGGCAGGGCCCACCAUGGCUUACAAACCCGGUGUCGGAAUGGCCACAGAACAAUCCGUUGAAUACCACGAAAUCUCCCGAAAUUUCUAUUCUUAAACAAACAGAAACCCAAAGCUUAACUGUUCCCAUCAGUAGCUUUCAAACUACAGUCUCUCCCGUACACAUUCUCAAAAGAUUCUCUCCUACACGAGGUCGUUAA